AUGCCAAAAUCAAAAUCUGCCAUGACAAAAAAAGUUUCUGUGAAAGUUCUUGCAGAAAACUCUGUGAAGGUCUCUGCAAAAGUCUUUGCAAAAGUCUCUGCAAAGGUUACUGCAAAAGUUCUUGCAAAAGCCUCUGUAAAUGUUCUUGCAAACGUCUCUGCGAAUGUUCCUGUGAAUGUUCCUGCAAAAGUCACUACAAACGUUUCUGUGAACGUUCCCGUGAAAGUCCAUGAUGACAAUAAUAAUGAAGCCCCCAGCGACGAUGAUAAUGAAGCCCCCAGCAACAAUAAUAAUGAAGCCCCCCCUCCCUGCGAAAAUGAUAAUGAAGCCCCUA